AUGGCAACACGUGUGCCACUGGAGCAGAAGCUCAUGGACAUUGAACUGCCAUCCUGGAUAUUGGUGUGGGAUUUCACCCCCAGUGGCACUGUGGGGAUCUGUCAGAGAGUUUACUACCAGGGUUACAAGAAAUACAUGUAUUUCUGGAAAGGCAGCAUUGUUGGGCUUAGCAUGGUGCUAGUAGCCUACCUGCCUCUCAGCUACUGCAUUCCUUUCAAGGAACUCAAACAUAAGUGGCGACCAGCAAGUACUUCUGAGGAUGAUCAGCUGAGCACCAACCUGUGCUGUGAUAUCUCCGGGAACAUCUCCAUUCUCAUCGGUAGUGUGGUCCAUCUGUUUGGCUGGUGCUUGAAUUACCAAGCUGUGGCCAGAAGUGGAGGCAUGAGCCAAUGA